GCAGAGCGCGCCCGCGGUCAGCACGCGAUUUCCCGCCGUGCCCGCGUCCCGGGCGGCGGGCGGGCAGGCUUCGGGGGCGCCCGGGACGCGGCGGCGGCAGCGCCGGCGCCUCCGGGCCGGUGAAUCAUCCCGGCAGACACCGAGAACCGCGGCGGCAGAGAGCAGCGCUGAAAAAUGGCUGAAGCUGGUACGGGCUUUCUGGAGCAGCUCAAGUCCUGCAUAGUUUGGUCUUGGACUUAUCUCUGGACUGUGUGGUUCUUCAUCGUGCUCUUCCUGGUCUACAUCUUGCGGGUGCCCUUGAAAAUUAACGACAAUUUGAGCACAGUGAGCAUGUUUUUGAACACAUUAACACCAAAGUUCUACGUGGCUCUGACAGGCACUUCCUCACUAAUAUCAGGACUUAUUUUGAUAUUUGAAUGGUGGUAUUUUCGCAAGUAUGGAACAUCAUUCAUUGAACAAGUCUCAGUAAGCCACUUGCGCCCCCUUCUGGGAGGGGUUGACAACAACUCCUCCAACAGUUCUAACUCCAGUAAUGGGGACUCGGAUUCCAAUAGGCAAAGCGUCUCAGAAUGCAAAGUAUGGCGAAAUCCACUAAAUUUAUUUAGGGGUGCUGAAUAUAAUCGGUACACUUGGGUGACGGGACGAGAGCCUCUGACUUACUAUGACAUGAAUCUCUCUGCCCAGGACCACCAGACAUUCUUUACUUGUGACUCAGACCAUCUGCGUCCUGCAGAUGCAAUAAUGCAGAAAGCCUGGAGAGAGAGAAACCCCCAAGCUAGGAUUUCUGCAGCUCACGAGGCCUUGGAGAUAAAUGAGUGUGCAACUGCUUAUAUCCUUUUGGCUGAAGAGGAAGCAACAACCAUUGCUGAAGCCGAAAAACUGUUUAAGCAGGCCCUGAAGGCUGGAGAUGGCUGUUACCGGCGUUCUCAGCAGCUACAGCAUCACGGAUCCCAGUAUGAAGCCCAACAUAGACGAGACACCAAUGUCUUGGUCUACAUCAAAAGAAGGCUAGCAAUGUGUGCCAGAAGACUCGGGAGGACCAGGGAAGCAGUGAAAAUGAUGAGAGAUUUAAUGAAGGAGUUCCCUCUCCUGAGCAUGUUCAAUAUCCAUGAAAACCUUUUAGAAGCCCUCCUGGAACUGCAAGCAUAUGCUGAUGUUCAGGCAGUCUUAGCCAAGUACGAUGAUAUAAGCUUACCAAAGUCGGCAACAAUAUGCUACACAGCUGCUUUGCUCAAAGCAAGAGCUGUCUCUGACAAAUUCUCUCCAGAGGCGGCAUCACGGCGGGGGCUGAGCACAGCAGAGAUGAAUGCAGUAGAGGCCAUUCAUAGGGCUGUGGAAUUCAAUCCUCACGUGCCAAAAUACCUACUAGAAAUGAAAAGCUUAAUCCUACCCCCAGAACAUAUCCUGAAGAGAGGAGACAGUGAAGCAAUAGCAUAUGCGUUCUUUCAUCUUGCACACUGGAAGAGGGUGGAAGGGGCUUUGAAUCUUUUGCAUUGUACGUGGGAAGGCACUUUUCGGAUGAUCCCUUAUCCCUUGGAAAAGGGGCACCUAUUUUAUCCGUACCCUAUCUGUACAGAGACAGCAGACAGAGAGCUGCUUCCAUCUUUCCAUGAAGUUUCAGUUUACCCAAAGAAGGAGCUUCCCUUCUUUAUUCUCUUUACUGCUGGAUUAUGUUCCUUCACAGCCAUGCUGGCCCUCCUGACACAUCAGUUCCCGGAACUUAUGGGGGUCUUUGCAAAAGCUGCAAGAACCGUCGUUCCCUUUUUGAAAACUGACCAUGUAAACCUGCAUAUGUACUGAGAAGACGUCUACUGAUUUUGCCACACGAGUUUCAAACAUAGGGUACAAGGGAAAACAUAUCAGUUGCCUCCCUGGAAUUCCAUUCAGAUUUCAAGGCAAGUGGAGUCAGCAAGGAUGAUUUCUAACUUGGUUGGGUUGAUUUAAUCCCUUUCCAGAUGAUUGACAUUUUCUGCUCGGCAGAAUUCAGGGACUGGAAUUGCAAGAGUAUUUUCAUGCGUGUUGAAGAUGAACUGGAAAUCCCACCAGCACCUCAAUCUCAACAUUUCCAAAACUGAACUCAACACUCUUCUUCCUCUACCACCACAACUGCUCCUUCUCCUGUAUUCCUGACCUCCACCAGUGGCACUACCAUCCACCUGGUUACUCAAGGGAGAAACUCGGCAGCCUUCCCAAACUCUUCCUCUCUCAUUCCCCAUAUCCAAUCUGCGUUAGCCUUCACGGUCUCUUGAUUCUAACCUCGUAAGCAUCUGGGCCUUCAGAAAAUGUUAUUCAUUUCUCCUUCCUCUCCUUUAUCUCCCCAUGGCCUCUCUCUUAGUUUAGAUCCUUGUUGUUUCUUGCCUGGACUCCUGCAAUAUCUUAACUGGUUUCCUUGUUUUCAGUCUUAUCCUCUACCAGUCUUUAAAACUGACAAAAGAAUGAUCUUUCUAAAUUGCAAAUCUAAGCAUGUCACUUCCCUGCUUGAAUUCCUCAAAUGGUUUCCCAUCAAUUUCAAGAAAAAGUCCUGGCUCUUCAGCAUGGCGUACAAGGCCCUUUGUGACCUGGCCCUUGCUUGCCUCUUCAACCUCAUCUCUCCCAACUCUUGUAUAGACACUAUUCUUGGGCCAUAGUGAAUUAUUCGCCAUCCCCCAGAUGCUCUAGGCUCCUGCACACCUUAGUGCCUUUGCACGUGCUGUCUGCCGUAUGUGGCAUGCUCUUCACCAUUACCAACCCCACUUGUCCACUCUACUAACAUCACUUCAUUCAUUCUUUAACACUCAGCUUUCUUUAAUUUUCUCCCAGGCUGAGUUAAGUGUCUCUUCACUGAUCCUACAGUAUUCCAUGAAUACCUAUAUUAAAACAUUUAUUGUACUGUAUUAUAAUAAGUUGAAAACUUGUCUGCCCCUCCCCCUUUAGAAUGUGAGCUCCUUGAGAGCAGGACUGUGGCUUCCUCAUCUCUGUAUCCCCAAAGCUUUGCACAGUGCUUUGCAUAUAGUAGGUUUUCAAUAAACGAUUAUUAAA